AUGUGAGGGACACAAGAGAGAUCAAUUAAAAGUGGAUCAAGUUACUAUUCUCCAGAAGUUAUAACUAAAGCAGAGAAAACAGAAGCAAGAAAAAAAAACAGUUUUCUUGACAAAAAAAAAUGUCAAUGAUCUUAUAGAAGAAACCACUUUGGUUUUUACAAACAAACCUGUCAGACUAGAACACAAACUGCUGCAAAGUAGGGAUCUACGUCGGAGAUGGCCACGUUUGACCUCAACAGAGAAGCAGUGGAAAACGGCGAAGAAGAAGAAGAAGAAGAGGAUCAGACAUGGCCGUCGUGCGGUAAUGAUAACGAGGAAGGGAGAACAAGUACGGUGAGACAGUAUGUACGGUCGAGUAUGCCUCGGUUAAGGUGGACUCCUUCUCUUCAUCUCGCCUUCGUCCACGCUGUUGAACGCCUCGGCGGCCCUCACAAAGCUACGCCAAAACUGGUUCUAGGGUUGAUGAAUCUGAAAGGGUUAAGCAUUGCACAUGUGAAGAGUCAUUUACAGAUGUACCGGAGCAAAAAGCUCGACGAGUCCAGCAAUGCUGCCCGUCCGGGUAUGAUCAAUGGGAAAACUAUGAGGAAAAGUGGUUCUUUAUUGGAAAUGCUCAACUAUGGAUACAUACCAUAUGGAGAAUUCAGACAUGUUUACAACUCGGAAGCCAUUCUUACAAGGGAACUUGAGCUGCGAUCUGGCAAUCAGGAACUCCUGAUGGUAAACCCUGCAAAAGGAGUAUUAGCAGAUCUUGGUGUUAACCGUCUUGUGCAACCUUCUGGCUUGUGUAGUGGGUUCAAUGGUAAUCAAUGGAGACCCGUCUCCAGAAGCUGUGAUGGAGACGACUCAGAGUGCAAGACUCUACCUUUGCUCGAGAUAAAAAAGACAACCGGUGAGAAGAGACGCAGAGACAAAGCUCAACUCUCGGAAGAACUAGAGGUGAUAAAACAAGCGAAAAUAAUAUCUAGAGAAGGGAAUCUGUUACCUGAGUUAGGACUAAGCUUAUGCCAAGCUUUUGGAAGCUGCAGGAAGCAAAAACUUGGAGAAGAUAUUAAGACAAUGCUUGUGCUUUCUCUAUUCCCAACUUCAUCAGGGGACCAGAACAUGACAUCCAACAUAGAGACAUAAGGGAUUUUGUUGGUAUUCAAG